GUUACUGAAGUGUUAGAAGCUAUCGAACCCGAAAUUUUACAUCCGACAGAACGGAAUAAUGCUGUUUCUCCCAUAAACCAGCUCCUCUUGACGUUGAGAUUCUACGCUACUGGCAGCCACUUAAUAUCAGCAGGUGAUUUUUCUGGAGUCAGUAAAACAAGUGCUCACAGAAUUAUCCAUCGCGUAACAAAUGCUAUUGCUCGUCUUCGGGCAAGGUUUAUAAAAUUUCCUACUCUUGCUGAUGAAAUAAAAGCUGAGCAAAUAAAGUUCUUUGACAUUGCACGAUUUNCAAGAGUUGUGGGAUGCAUCGAUUGCACUCAUGUGAAAAUCCAGUCAUUUGGUGGAAAUGAUGCAGAAUAUUUCAGAAAUCAAAAAGGUUACUUUUCAAUUAAUGUCCAAGCAAUUUGUAACUCCAACUUAGAAAUAACGGACCUUGUAGCUCGUUGGCAAGGAUCAGUGCACGACACCACUAUUUUUAAUAAUUCUAGGAUACGUGCUCUGUUUGAGGCUAGAACAUUUGGAGAUGCAUUACUCUUAGGUGAUGGUGGUUAUCCUGUUCGGUCCUAUUUUAUGACGCCCCUGGGCAAUACGCAAACUCGUGCACAGGAACUCUAUAACGAGUCGCAAAUAAGAACACGCAAUACCAUUGAACGCGUGUUUGGAAUAUGGAAGAGACGGUUUCCAAUUUUGGCAUUGGGUUCUCGAUUUUCUAAAGUCGAAAGAGUACUACCAGUUAUUGUAGCAACUGCCAUAUUACAUAACAUUGCUCGGCGUGCUGGAGAUCCAUUACCACCAGAUGAUCCUGCAGUACAAUUACUUAUGCCGUGGGAAGAAAUUUUGAAACAAGGAAAUGUACCGCUUAUAAAUAAUGCACCGG